AUGAAGGACGACGGCGCCGGACCCACCUCCAAGAUCCCCGACGAACAACCACUCACCGGUUCCAUCCCCAACGGCGGCGCCUUUCCCACCGUAAACCCCUGUUAUGAUGCAUACUCUGCCAGUACCAGGCGGAGGCGGAGCUCAUCCCGGACGAUAUCCGCCGUCAGGCCCACGACCACGCCCUGGCCCUCGAGAUGGGGAAUCUUCCGGAGGCCGAGUAGUGGAAAAUUGGGGAUAAGUAAUAAUAACACCAACAAAAUCUCGAGUUUUUGGGUUUAUCUCAAGGGUUUGACGGAGGGAGUUGCGGGAGGUGUUGGGGUGAGCAAAUUUUGCAGGGGGAAAGAGGGGCAAGCGAAUCCGGAGCUUUUGGAUUUCGAAGCUCUAAUUGAAGGGUUCGACUUGGCAACGCCGCUCGUCUUGAAGAGGAUUUCCAUUGUUACUGACAACCUUUGCUUUAUCAAUUUGUGA